UUUGUGGAUCAAUAAAGGUCUCCUGAAAGGUAGUCACUUUGGUGACAUUGUCCAGUUCUCACAAUGUAUCAUUCCUUAUCUGAAACUAGACACCCUCUGCAGCCAGAAGAACAAGAAGUGGGCAUCGAUCCCUUGUCAAGUUACUCAAACAAGACUGGAGGAGAUUCAAAUAAAAAUGGAAGAAGAAGUUCUACUUUAGAUUCUGAUGGGACUUUUAAUUCCUAUAGGAAAGAAUGGGAAGAACUAUUUGUAAACAACAAUUACUUGGCAACAAUAAGGCAGAAGGGGAUUAAUGGGCAGCUGAGAAGCAGCAGGUUCCGCAGCAUUUGCUGGAAGCUAUUUCUUUGUGUCCUUCCUCAAGAUAAAAGUCAGUGGAUAAGUAGAAUUAAAGAAUUAAGAGCAUGGUAUAGCAACGUUAAAGAAAUACACAUCACAAACCCGAGGAAGGUUGUUGGCCAGCAAGAUUUGAUGAUCAAUAAUCCCCUUUCACAGGAUGAAGGGAGUCUUUGGAACAAAUUUUUUCAAGAUAAAGAACUGCGAUCAAUGAUUGAACAAGAUGUCAAAAGAACGUUUCCUGAAAUGCAGUUUUUCCAACAAGAAAAUGUGAGAAAAAUUCUUACAGAUGUUCUUUUCUGUUAUGCUAGAGAAAACGAGCAGUUGCUUUAUAAACAGGGAAUGCACGAGCUGUUAGCGCCUAUAGUCUUUAUCCUCCACUGUGACCACCAAGCUUUUCUUCAUGCCAGUGAGUCUGCCCAACCAAGUGAGGAAAUGAAAACUCUCUUGAACCCCGAGUAUCUGGAACAUGAUGCCUAUGCGAUGUUCUCACAACUUAUGGAAACUGCUGAACCUUGGUUUUCUACUUUUGAGCAUGAUGGUCAAAAGGGGAAAGAAACACUGAUGACUCCCAUUCCCUUUGCUAGACCACAGGAUUUAGGGCCAACAAUUGCUAUUGUUACUAAAGUCAACCAGAUCCAGGAUCAUCUACUGAAGAAGCAUGAUAUUGAGCUUUAUAUGCACUUGAACAGACUAGAAAUCGCACCACAGAUAUAUGGGUUACGGUGGGUCCGGCUCCUGUUUGGACGAGAGUUCCCCCUGCAGGAUCUUCUGGUGGUCUGGGAUGCCUUGUUUGCAGAUGGCCUCAGCCUGAGUUUAGUUGAUUAUAUCUUCAUAGCCAUGUUGCUCUAUAUCCGAGAUGCUUUGAUCUCUAGUAACUACCAGACCUGUCUUGGCCUUCUGAUGCAUUACCCACUAAUUGGGGACGUACACUCACUGAUUCUCAAGGCUCUGUUCCUUCGAGAUCCAAAGAGAAAUCCAAGACCAGUGACUUACCAAUUCCAUCCAAAUUUAGAUUAUUACAAAGCACGCGGAGCAGACCUCAUGAAUAAAAGCCGAACCAAUGCCAAAGGUGCUCCCCUGAAUAUAAAUAAGGUCUCUAAUAGCCUGAUUAAUUUUGGAAGAAAGCUGAUUUCUCCAGCAAUGACCGCCCCAGGCAGUGCAGGCGGCCCUGUACCAGCAGGCGGUAGUGGCAGCUCGUCCCCUGCUGGGGUUCCUGCCGUGGUUCCCGCCGUGGUUCCCGCCGUGGUUCCCGCUGUGGUUCCUGCCAGGACCUUAGCAGAGGUCCCCAGGCAUCAUUUGCAGCAGCAGCAGCAGAGACUGAUGAAAUCAGAGAGCAUGCCCGUGCAGUUGAACAAAGGCGAUGUAGUUACAGGAAGCGAUGCUCAGGUUUCUGUUCCUGUCCAGACUCUAACUGACCUCCAAGGACAAAGUUCCAAAACCAUCAGUUCAUCCCCAAGCACUGAAAGUUUGCCUGGAGGAAGAGAAUUCACUGGCUCCCCACCUUCAUCUGCUACUAAAAAGGAUUCCUUUUUUAGCAACAUCUCCCGUUCCCGCUCACACAGCAAAACUAUGGGCAGAAAAGAAUCUGAAGAAGAAUUAGAAGCCCAAAUUUCCUUCCUUCAAGGACAGUUGAAUGACCUGGAUGCCAUGUGCAAAUACUGUGCAAAGGUGAUGGACACUCAUCUAGUAAAUAUUCAAGAUGUGAUAUUACAAGAAAAUUUGGAAAAAGAAGAUCAAAUUCUGGUUUCUCUGGCAGGAUUAAAACAGAUCAAAGACAUUCUAAAAGGUUCUCUGCGUUUCAACCAGAGUCAGCUGGAAGCUGAGGAGAAUGAGCAGAUCACCAUCUCAGAUGACCACUACUGCUCCAGUGGCCAAGGCCAAGGCCGGGGCCAGAGCGACGAAAUGCCUGGGGCCACCAAGCAGGCCUCUUCAGAAACACCAGGGCACGUGGACAGAGGAAGUACAGAUGACUUCAUCCUGGUCUCCAAAGACGACGAGGGGGGCAGCGCCAAGGGGUCCUUCUCAGGCCAGUCCCAGCCUCUUCGCACCCUCCGAAGCACCUCUGGGAGAAGCGAGCCCCUGGCCCGCUCUCCUCUCGUGUUCUCCGACCCUCUAAUGGGCCCUGCCUCGGCUUCCUCGAGCAACCCCAGCUCUAGCCCCGACGAGGACAGCAGCAGCAACAGCAAGGACUCUGGCUUCACCAUUGUGAGCCCCCUGGACAUCUGACCACAGUGCCCCUGGCCUCCUUCGUGGGGACUUGCCACCCCCCUCAGCAGCCCCAGGGCCUGGCUGGGGCUUCCGCAGUGGAGACCCCUCUGAAACCAACACUUCUUUCCCAGCAUGCCUGUGGCCUUAGUGCAACCCGUCAGAACCCUCUAGAGAGAGGCAGAUGGCCACAGAGCACACAGACAGAUGUUCACCAAAAUGCAGACAGGGCUUUCAGGGCCCUAUCCCACCCCGCCUUUGCUCUGAGGUAGACCAGGGUUAAGUAUCCAGUAUCAUGUUCACUGUCAAAAAAAGACCAAAUCACAAUUAGAAUCAUUUUCCCUCGAUCCUCUUCUCCCCAACUAAGAAUUAGGUGUGGCAACUCCAUUAAUUAUAACUAGAAGAAGGAAGAAGAGUUGGUUUCAAAUCUUCCCUCCCUUGGAGCGUCAGGCAUAGGAAAAUUGACUGAGAUCAAGAAGGCUUAUUCUCUGGAAAUCUCUCUCUCAGCCUAUUUCACUCCUCCUUUGGGAAGCCAUACAGCAAAGCCAAAUACAACAGAAUGGACUAGAACUGGUGGAUUCCAGGGCUAGAAAAAACCCAUCACUGACCUCUCAGAAAGUUACAGUGAUCUUUAGAAACAGGGUCUAAACUUAGGAAUCCUAUUUAGGUGUGAUGGGGUUUAGAUUUUUUCAUUUGUUAAAGAAGAGUAUGUUUCCAAACCUCAGGCCAGAUAGACUCUGGCCAUCACUGUCCCUCCUCAGACAACUGUAUUUCCCCCUUUAGAAUCCUUCACAACCAGAAAACGAAGGUCACAUUAAGCCAGUCUUUGCUGCACUGAUUUCAGAAGUCGUAAGAAUAUUACUUCUUGAACUGGAAAAUGUGACCCUGACUAUGGGACAGACAUCUCUCAGUUUUCUGGUGUAGUUUCUCUAGUUUUGGCGCUGGAAUACACCUGUCACCUGUCAAUUGAGAAAUAAAGGGAAAAACCCAAGCUCAUUCCCAUCCAGAGUCAGGACCUCCCAUUGGCCUUAAAGUAGCAGUAACAGGGAAUUCGACCUGGAGUCCAUUCUGGGGGAGCAGGGCUUCCCACAGAACACUCCAGACGUCAGGAAGAUGCAGGACUUCUGCACAGCCCUUCCCUCGCCGGGAGCCAGGCAGAGGAGCUGCGGGGCCUGGGUUCAGUUGUGCACCGCGUCCCAGGCACCACAGGACCAGCUCUGACCCGCCCGGUGCCUUCCUGGGCUUGGGCACACAAUAGAGAGUCCCCCUUUUCAGCUGGCAGCUUAUGGAAUCUUGCUGGGCAGAAAGCAUCACAUGAGCUGUUUCUCUCCUUAAGAAGAAAGGCCCCGAAAAGGACACUUUCCCUGUCCUUUGUGCAAGCAGGCAUUCUAACAGGAUAGCCACAGCGCCCAUUUCACCCUGCAGUGACAGGUGCUCGGGGCUUCUCCUCUGAGGACGGCAAGGCCUCUAGGCGGUGGAAGCUUUCACGUGAACCAGUGAAAAUCUAAGUUUGAAAGGCUAGACACUGUUUACAGUCCUUCCCACUGCUAACCCUGUAUUUCUCUACAGUGUGAUAAUGACCUGAUUUCCCACGUGCUCUCGGAAGAAAGCAGUGAUGACUCGGAGUCAGCUACUGCAGAGAGGGUCCCAGUUAGCUCUGCAGUUUGUCCUCAGACUCUAGCAGGAGAACCUCUGAACACGUGAGCAUGGACGAUGAAUACGAAGUCUGGUUUUGCUCAGGUGACAGGGUUGCUUGGCCUUCCAUGAUUACUCAAAGACAAGCUGCUGAGCUCUUCAGCUCCCCCAUGGAGUGGUCUGCUCAGCACCCCCUGGAGGUGACUCAUAGAGUAAGUUACUGCCCAGUGUGUGUCACCUUGACCACACUUUGCUCCCAAGGUUCCCAUACAGUGAAUGGCCUUGCGACUGCACACGGUUGCCAUGAUUUUCCCUCAGAGGACCUGGUUUGGGGCAUUGUCAGUGUUUUCAGUUCUCAGGUAAGAAGUGCGGAGCUAUCCUCGCCAGGGCUCCAAGACAGUGGAAAGGGCCAUGGAGAUGGCUGUCCCAUGGCCGUGAGUCCUAGUCAUCUGCUUUUGGCAGUUUCGUUGCCCUGAGAGCUAGAGUCCUGAUAGUCCAGUGGUGGGGGGGGCCCAGUUCCCACCCAGUACAAGGCUCUAGGCUACUUCCCUGCAGUUGGCUGGGUGGUUAACGGUCCCUGAAAACUCCCAGCCCUCCAGCACACUAGGGGCAGGUCCUCCACUCUGUGCUUCCAUGUUGGUGCCACGUGAGAACCAAGGGGGUCUCUCAGAGGCGUUGCUUCUAUGGCCCCCAAUGAGCCGCUCCCUCCUCGGAGGAAAGAAACACGAGGGGGAGUGGGAUGUGGGCAGUGCCACCCUCAAAUUCCCAUAGGUCCGUGGGGUUUGAGAAUUGUAUUACUCUCUUGAUCUUUUUAAGUGACUUUUUAUUCUCCAUAGUUGAGCAUCGUUUGCAUUUUUAUUAGUUACAGUGCUAUUAAAGAAUGUGUUCCUUUUUUAUUAUUUUAUCAAGUACUUACGUUUAAGUGUUAAAAUCCUGAAUAUCUGAAACCUUUUUUGUUUUUCUUUAACAAUCAGUGGAGGCCUCUCAUGUUUUGAUUAUUAGCAGUUAAAUAUAUUUUAUAUAUAUAAAGCUUAGAUGAAUUUUUGUUGUCAUCCACUUUUUUAAUACAAGUACCUGUGUUUCAUGCAUUCCUUUCUGAUCAGUUUGGAAAUGAGUUAAAAUUUACCUCUACAUUAUAUAUGAGAGCUACAGAUUAGAGAAACAAAAUCAUUACGACUUUGCCUUACCUUUUAUAUGUGCCAAGGGGUCAUAAAACACUUUAAACAUUCAGUUAUACUGGAUCAUUCUUCCACAGUUGACCUCCUGCUACUGCUCACAGCUACCUGCAGUCUGGUUGGAAAUAGUAUCACUGCAGAAUGAGUGUGACUAAAAAUAAACCAAGGCCUCCCUGGGCGUUGCCUUCUCUGCAUCUGACUGAGUUCAGUCCCGUGCAUCGGUCCUUCAGGUCUGACUGCCCACCACGAACAGGAAUGUCACCUCCACUUUGUCAGAGACGAGGAGCAGACACAAAGCUCAGUGGCAUUUAUGGGGUCUGCUAACGACAGCUGACCUGUCAGAGUCGACUCAGAUUUACUAUUUUUGUUUUUAUUUUAAGCAGCAGCCCCCUGGGGUGGUUAUAGAACCAGAGCGUGUAUGGGGGACACAGGGCCUCUGGGUGGCUGUCCCGUGGAGGCUGGGCCAUCCCCCUGCCCCACAGGUGCACACCUGGCCCCACCCCUGCAUGUACAGAGCAGGGGCGCUGGUGGUCCGCCGGGCGGGAGAGGAGGCCGGGUGAAUUAAGGACAGCACCUGACAAGCCGGAUUUCUCCCAAGCCAUUACUGCUACCCCCCACCGUGUUACUUUCAAAAGCUCUUUUUUUAUAGUGUUAAAAAGAAAAAGUUCCUGUAAACAGGCUUGAGACCACUUUGAUGUAAAAGUUGUCGUAAUAAUUUGUCUCACGAUGGCACAAUUCAUUUGACUUAUGGACUACCCUCUUGUGCCAUUUACAUCUUAUCGCUUUGUUCUCAUUUAUCUUUAUGCUGUAACUCAUAC